AUGGAUCUAAUUCUCUCCGACAGUGUUAUGUCCUCGCAUAAUCUCGACAAGUUCUCAAGAAUUCCAGAGUGGCAGAAUAAUGGACGCAGUCAGAAUCCACGACGGCCCAGGGUCGUCAUCAAGGAAGUCGCUACUUGGAAAGAAGAGAUCUCAAUUGCGUUGUACCUGUCAUCGGAGGCCUUGCGGAAGGAUCCUAGGAACUGCGCUGUGCCGAUAUUGGACGUUUUACUCCUCCCAGACACCGACGAGUUGGCUUUGAUCUCCUUCCGUUUCGACGGCCUCGAGAUGAUGCACGAACAUAAUAUUGCAUAUCGUGAUGCAUGCAGGUUGAACCUCAUGAUGGAUCCUUCUCGGGUCAUACCAGGGAGCUUCCAUUUUGGGAGCUGGCGAACUGUUGAUGGUAUCCGCCCGAUUGUUUGGCGUGAACGCUGGUCGGUUAGACCGGUCAAGUACUUUUUCAUCGACUUUGAUUUAUCCCUUCGCUAUUCAUCCAACGUUAAUCGUUGCGAGGUUGGGCAGAUUGGACAGGAUCGUUCGGCGCCUGAAAUGCUGACUCCUAACAUUCCGUACGACCCUUUCAAGGCCGACGUAUAUCAGUUAGGAAAUGUCAUUCUCAACAUGAUUGCGGAAUAUGAGGAGGGUCUUGAGCUGUUCGAGGUCGUUGGGAAAGCUAUGACCAAAUUUGACCCGGACAAGCGGCCUCUUGCAUCUGAUGCCGUCACCAGACUGUUCGUUUGGCGAAAUGCCUGGUUGCCGACAGACCCAAUCGCAAACGUCCAACCUGUCGCUCAAACUUACAGCAGUCGACCAUCAUUCUCAGAGACCGAUUUUGCUGCGGCACGGAUCAGCUCCGAGGAGUGGUUGAGACCCCAAACACCAGCAGCAAGGUCACAGCACCCAGUACGCUACCCAAUGGGUCACAACGUGUAUUUCAAGGCAAAUUGCUCCUACGAACAGAUGUAUCUCAUUCUCUCCCUUCUUUUGCAAUUCUUUUGUGCAGAUUGGCGUCGUCUCAACCAGUACUAUCCGGUGGAUCCCAGUCGACAGUCGAGUAUUCUCAGGCUCGAUUUCCCGUUGGAACACAUGCUUUUGGGCGCACCAGGCCAUUUGGCAGUGGAGGUUACUCUGAUUCUUACAUGUCUGGUGAAAGCCACGGGUCUUCCGGAAGCCUCUACAACCCGUCAGUUCGAAGCCAGUGGUCUGGCGUUGUAG